CAUAGCUGGCUUUGUCAGAAGUACUAAAACAAUGUUUCGUUGUUUAAUUUUUUAAUUUUUUUUGCAUGGUGCGAUAUAUUGCACGCAUUAAAUCGCGUAUACUGUAAAGGCUCAUAUGACAGCCCACCCCCGAGAAAUCCCCCAUCCCGCUUUUGAGGCUGAAUAUCCGGCUUCGAGGCGAAAGCGCUGGCCUGCGGAUACCCAGGUUGUCCUAGUCAUCUCAUGGUCCCGUGCAUCCUUCGUGAUCUUACAAGCCUACUUACGAACCUGGCCGCAUACUGCAAUUCGAAUGGAACCGAUCCAGUCGUCAAGUCGUGGUUAUGGAGCUGCACCAUUAGGGAAAACCAGCAGCCCAUUGAAAGUCAUCGAGGACAUUUCGUUCAGGUGCUGUUCCUGCACCUAUGUCACUGGAGAUCAGCAUGGAAUCGUGGGCCACCUGGUUGCACAUGGCGAUGAACAAUUCAAAAGCCAUCUUACUCCCAAGUCCUCUCGCUCUAGGUCCAAAGUGCCAAGCAACACUCGAAAGCACAAAAGCGAUAGGUUGUUGAAGUGCAUGCUUUGCCCCCAAGCCUUUGCUCGGAAUUCAGAUCUGAGAAGGCAUAACCAAACACACACUGGUGAAAAGCCAUUUAAGUGCAAGCUUUGCCCAAGGGCCUUUGCUCUGAAUUCAGCUCUGAAAAGGCAUAACCAAAUACACACUAAUGAAAAGCCAUUUAAGUGCAAGCUUUGCCCCUACGCCUGUGCUCGGAAAUCACUUCUGAGGGACCAUACUCAAAAACACUCUGGUAAAAAGCCAUUCAAGUGCAAGCUUUGCCCAAAAUUCUUUGCACAUAAUUCAGCUCUGAGAAGGCAUAACCAAACACACACUGGUGAGAAGCCAUUUAAGUGCAAGCUUUGCCCAAAAGCAUUUGCUAAGAAUUCAGCUCUGAGAAGCAUAACCGAACACACACUAAUGAAAAGCCAUUUAAGUGCGAGGUUUGCCCCCAAGCCUUUGCUCGGAAUGCACAUCUGAGAGAUCAUAAUCUAGCGCACGCUGGUGAAAAGCCAUUUAAGUGCAAGU